CACAGGAUGGUUGGGAAAAAUAUCCCCACCAGUUCCGUAGCCCCCCUGGCUCAAGGCCACCCUGCCAGCCAGCAUCGCUCGACCCUCUCCUUGUGAAUAGACCUCAUCGAUCUCUGCGCACGCGACGAGCAUGAUGAAGGCGUGGGCGGCCACCAAGUACGGCGAUGCCUCGGCGCUCUAAACAGCGAUGGACGUAGAGAAACCGCAGCCAGGGGCCGGGGAGGUCCUGGUCAAGAACAUGGCCAUCGCAACCAACCCCAUCGAUUACAAGGUGAUCGCCGGCGCCCUGGCACCAGGCGAGGAGGCGCCCCCCCAGCGCCUCAUCGUGGGCUGGGACAGUGCGGGGGUGGUCGAGGCUGUCGGGGAAGGAGUAACAGACUUCCAGGCCGGUGACAAGGUCUGGUUCGCAGGUGACAUCACCAAGGACGGAUGCUACUCGCAGUGCACCAAGAUCGAUUCACGGCUCAUCAGCAAGAUGCCCAGUACGCUCUCCUUCGAGGACGCUGCUGCCUUGCCGCUGACCUUCCAGACAGCGUGGGAGGGCAUGGUGGAGCUGAUGGGCGUCCAGAAAGGCAAGUCGAUCUUCGUUUUGAAUGGCGCUGGCGGGCUCGGGUCGAUCGUCAUCCAGGUCGCUAAGCACCUCGGGCUCACAGUGAUUGCCUCCGCAUCGCGCGCGGAGACCAUCGAGUUUUGCAAGCAGAUGGGCGCGGACCACGUGGUCAACCACCGCAACGAGGACCUCGGCGCUGAGCUCAAACAGGUCGGCUUCGAUUGCGUGGACUAUAUCUAUAACGCCCACGAGAACGAUCGCCUCGGGGAGCUCUUCAAGCUGCUGGUGUGCGACGGGAGGCUUAUGGUCACCUACGGCCCUACGCAAGAGCAGAUGGCGAAGGUUGACUGGACCACCGUGUGGCUGAAGAGGCAGACGCUAUGCUUCCAGAUGAUGUUCGCGCGGCCCAUGUUCAACACUGAGCCCGCGAUGGUAGGUGGCGUGAUGGCAACCAUGGCAAAGCUCGUGAACCAGGGCAGCAUCAAGACGACUGUCACGAAAAAGUACGGGGGCAUGGAGCAUAUCAAUGAUGCCACCAAGCUUCAGAUGUCUGGCAAAAGCAUCGGCAAGAUCUGCCUCACCAUGACGCACUGAGGCUCUGCUGGUUUCCCCCCUGAUUUGUUUCGGGGAGCUUGCAGGGUGUUAAUCUUCGGUGUGCCUCAUAUUUUCCAUUGCUUUGCCUGAUAUCAUCGGCACCUUUUCGAGCGCCGUUUAGCCCUGCAGCUAGAGUGCGCUCGGAACAUGGUCCCCGCGUGCGCCCAUGGAGUGUUCAUAUCCCGUAUGACGGCCCGGCUCUUCCUCGUUGCUCUCCCGCGCAUCCAGGUGUGCGGAACUCCUUGGGACUCUGUGACUGUGAGGGACUUGCUGUCUUGGGUCUACGACGGUUGUUUCAGGAGGGAAAGAAACACACAGACACAAUUAAUCGUCGACUCCCAGGAAA